AUGAAGGGAAGAGAACUCAUGCUGUCCCUUGUACAUCUCAGGCUGAUGAAAACUGGCUCAGGUGCAAACCUCACGCAGCACCAUGGGGUCUACCCCAAGGAAGUCUCUGUCCAGAAGCCCCUUAAGGGCACAGUCUUCUGCAUGUUCGGAAAAGGAGAUGCAGAAAUUGGCCUGAACCAGACCGAGAGUGCUCGCUGUGGCGAAGGCGUCCGCCACACUAGCAUGCUGGAUUCCUCUGUGCUGGUGGCUGGGGUAGUGAUCGGAGUGGUGCUCUUCCUUUCUUGUGUGGCCAUCAUCCUAGGCAGCCUGAGGAAGAACAGAUGUUUCCGGCAUCUCCAUCUACAGAGAGAUGACAGCUACCCUCCAGACUGCUUCUCCUCUGGAGGCUCAGUUGGAGAACGCAGAUCGAGUUGUACUGAGGAGCCCCCUCCAUCGUUCUACUUCAGCCCGUCCAUGGAGACGCUAUCCCGGGUCAAUCUCACACAUCCUGACUCCCCUCCGCGCUAUGAUGAGUGUGUUGGAGACCAAGCAGCUCAGACCUGUAUUCCUACAGAUGACCCUCCGCCUUACUCCCUGAUUGACCCUUGUCGACAAAAUGAACAGACUCUAAACGUUCCCUGGGAUGAAGAGUUGUCUCUUGGGACAUCUAUGGAAAGGGACGCUGGGUAUUUGUCUGGACCACAAGAUCUCCAGGAGCCUAUUCCUUCUAUUUCCUUGUCAUCAUCCUUCCCAAUGGAGGCUGCUCCUCCGUAUGAGACUGUGGUGUGCGAACAAAAUAUCCCCAUUCCACUGGUCCCACUGGAUGUACUGAAAAAUUCUACAAAUUAUUAUCAGAACUUUGUCAACAGAACAAUGUAA